UGUGGAACGAUAUCCCGUUCUGGAAACGUCGAUCCUCGUCUCUUCUUGGCAGGGCAGGAGGGCAGGGCAGGGCAGGCUCGACGCCGCCAUGGUGUUCGUCCGUACGCUCGACGGCAAAACCCUAGCGAUCGAUCUGUGCCCGACCUCCACCUCCCUCCACGCCCUAAAGCUCGCGAUCGCUGCCCGUUCCGGCGUCCCUCCCCACCACCAGCGCCUCUUCCUCGCCUCUCGCCGCCUUCUCUCCGCUACCGUCGGCGGUGCUGACGACUCAUCCACCACGUUGUCUGACCUCGCCGUCCGACCCUCCUCCACCAUGACCCUGCACCUUCCUCUCCUCGGUGGCACUCAGACCCCUGCUGGCCCCGCCCGCCCCCCACGGUACGAGUUUCUCAACUCAAAGCCUCCCCCCAACUACGUCGCCGGUCUCGGCCGUGGCGCCACAGGAUUCACUACAAGAUCUGAUAUUGGCCCUGCUCGCGCUGCCCCUGACCUCCCUGAUCGCUCUGCCGCUGCCAUCGGUGCUGCUGCAGCCCCUGGUGCUGGACGUGGCCGGGGUAAGGGAGCUGGAGGUGAUGAGGAGGAGGAGGAAGAAGAGGCCGACGGCAAGGGAUACGAUGAAAACCAAAAGUUUGACCAGUUCGAGGGUAACGAUUUCGGACUUUUUGCCUCUGCGGAGUAUGAUGAAGACGACAAGGAAGCUGAUGCUGUUUGGGAGGCCAUUGAUAAGAGGAUGGAUUCAAGAAGGAAAGACAGGAGAGAAGCUAGGCUUAAGCAAGAGAUUGAAAAGUACCGGGCUUCAAAUCCUAAGAUAACCGAGCAGUUUGCAGAUCUGAAAAGAAAGCUCGCAGAUGUGACUCCAGAGCAAUGGGAUAGCAUCCCGGAUAUUGGAGAUCACUCCCUAAAGAACAAAAAGAAGCGAUUUGAAAGUUUUGUGCCAGUUCCGGACACCCUCCUCGAGAAGGCUAGACAGGAGCAAGAGCUUGUCACAGCCCUAGAUCCUAAAAGCCGUGGGGUUGGAGGGACGGAGACACCCUGGUCGCAAACUCCUGUCACAGAUCUUACUGCAGUUGGAGAAGGUAGGGGCACUGUGCUCUCUUUGAAGCUGGAUAGAUUGUCAGAUUCUGUCUCAGGGCAAACUGUGGUCGAUCCAAAGGGUUAUCUGACAGAUCUCAAGAGCAUGAAAAUCACUAGUGAUGCAGAGAUUUCGGAUAUCAAAAAGGCAAGGUUGUUGCUUAAAUCUGUUACCCAGACAAACCCAAAGCACCCCCCUGGAUGGAUUGCUGCAGCUAGAUUGGAGGAGGUUGCCGGCAAACUCCAAGCAGCACGAGAGUUGAUUCAGAAAGGAUGUGAGGAGUGCCCUAAGAACGAUGAUGUUUGGUUAGAAGCUUGUCGGCUGGCAAGCCCUGAUGAAGCUAAGGCUGUCAUUGCUAAGGGUGUGAAAGCAAUUCCAAAUUCAGUGAAGUUAUGGUUGCAGGCAGCAAAAUUGGAGACCAGUGAUCUGACCAAAAGCAAGGUGCUGAGGAAAGGGUUGGAGCACAUUCCAGAUUCUGUGAGGUUGUGGAAAGCUGUAGUUGAACUAGCAAACGAGGAGGAUGCAAGACUUUUGCUACAUAGAGCUGUGGAGUGCUGCCCACUUUACGUUGAGCUGUGGCUUGCCCUUGCAAGGUUAGAGACUUAUGAACAAGCAAAGAAGGUCCUUAACAAAGCAAGGGAAAAGCUAUCCAAGGAGCCUGCAAUUUGGAUCACUGCAGCAAAGUUGGAGGAAGCUAACGGCAAUAUUGCAUCAGUUGGAAAGGUAAUUGAGAGAGGUAUAAGAUCAUUGCAGAGAGAAGGAUUUGAGAUUGAUCGAGAAGUUUGGAUGAAGGAAGCAGAAUCUGCAGAACGUGCUGGAUCAGUUGUUACUUGUCAGGCAAUAAUUCACAACACCAUUGGUAUUGGGGUGGAAGAAGAAGAUCGGAAAAGGACAUGGGUUGCUGAUGCUGAGGAAUGCAAGAAGCGUGGCUCCAUUGAAACGGCUCGGGCUAUAUAUGCCCAUGCAUUAACUGUGUUCCUUACCAAGAAAAGCAUAUGGCUCAAGGCAGCUCAGCUUGAGAAGAGCCAUGGAACCAAGGAGUCUCUGGAUGCACUCCUGAGAAAAGCUGUUACAUACAAGCCACAAGCUGAAGUGCUAUGGCUGAUGGGUGCAAAAGAAAAGUGGCUCUCAGGAGACGUACCUGCAGCACGACAAAUUCUGCAGGAAGCAUAUGCUGCAAUUCCCAAUUCAGAGGAAAUUUGGCUGGCUGCCUUCAAGCUUGAAUUUGAAAACCAUGAACCUGAGAGAGCAAGAAUGAUUUUAGCCAAAGCUCGUGAGAGAGGAGGAACUGAAAGAGUAUGGAUGAAAUCUGCUAUCGUAGAAAGAGAAUUGGGGAACCUUACUGAGGAACGGAGAUUGCUGGAGGAAGGGUUAAAGUUGUUUCCUUCAUUCUUCAAGUUGUGGCUAAUGCUAGGACAGAUGGAAGAUCGCCUUGGUCAAGGAGAAAAAACUAAAGAAGCUUAUGAAAAUGGUCUGAAACAUUGUCCUCAGUGUGUUCCUCUUUGGCUCUCACUUGCAAACUUAGAGGAAAGGACGAAUGGCCUAAGCAAAGCUCGGGCUGUUCUUACUAUGGCCAGGAAAAAGAAUCCACAGAAUCCAGAACUUUGGCUUGCAGCUAUUCGUUCUGAGGCCAGGCAUGGCAACAAAAAGGAAGCAGAUUCAUUGAUGGCCAAGGCAUUGCAAGAAUGCCCAACAAGUGGUAUACUAUGGGCUGCUUCCAUUGAGAUGGUUCCGCGUCCUCAACGCAAGACAAAGAGUGCAGAUGCCCUCAAACGGUGUGAUCACGAUGCGUAUGUCAUUUCAUCUGUGGCAAAACUGUUUUGGCAAGACCGAAAGGUCGACAAGGCAAGGAACUGGUUCAACAGGGCAGUCACACUUUCUCCAGACAUUGGGGAUUUCUGGGUCUUUUACUACAAGUUUGAGCUUCAGCAUGGUACUGACGAGACCCAAAAGGAUGUACUGAAAAGAUGUGUUGCUGCUGAGCCCAAGCAUGGAGAAAGAUGGCAAGUAAUUUCCAAGGCAGUAGAGAACUCUCACCUCCCAAUUGAAGCUAUUCUUAAGAAGGUAGUUCUUGCUCUAGGAAAAGAAGAAAACUCUACUGUGUUAGAUGGCAUCAAGCCCUAAUUAGCCACUGACUGUGGCGGCACUACUUAAGUGGACACUAGGUAUUCCUGCAGUGAUAUUACCUUGAACUUCCAUCCAUUUUGUGAAAAUCUAUUCCCUAUAAUGCUUGUGGAGCUAUGGAAUAUGUUGAUUUAGAAGAAAUAUUGUCCUAAAUACAUGUCUUUUGGAUGUUUGCUUAGACAAAAUCUCACAUAUUUGACCCUGACUAUAUUUGAUCAAUUUGAUGUUGUUAGAAUGGUUGUUGUCU